CUAAAAACUAAAAUAUGACUCAUAGCAAGAGAAACACGAGGAAACUCAGAGGUCACGUGUCCCACGGACACGGUAGAGUUGGUAAACACAGAAAGCAUCCUGGAGGUAGGGGUAUGGCUGGUCCAGAGCACCACCACAGAAUUAAUGUGUUCAAAUACCAUCCAGGCCAUAUUGGAAAGCACGGUAUGAGACAUUUCCACCUCAUGAGGAACCAGUACUACUGCCCAUCUAUUAAUUUGUCUAAGCUAUGGAGUCUCGUCACUGAGGAGGAGAGACAGAAGGCACAAACAGAUAAGAGCAAGGUUAUCCUAAUUGACGUCGUAAAGCACGGAUACUACAAAGUUUUGGGAAAAGGUCAUCUUCCAGAAGUUCCUCUCGUUGUCAAGGCUAAACUAUUCACUCCUACAGCUGAAAAGAGAAUUAAACAGGUUGGAGGUGCUUGUGUAUUGAGAGCAUAGAUAAUAUGAGUUUAUCAAUCAACUAACAUGACAAAAAUAUUAUAUCU